AUGGACAAUUCAUUGCACAAGCAGGCAGCUGCGCUUCUUGCCCCUUUGGCCGCACGCUGUUCCGCUGGUCAGGAUUUCGGCCACAUGUCGCCGUCGAUCUACGACAGUGCCUGGGUCGCCAUGUUACAAAAGCCCAAAGACUGUCACGCGGAAAGUGAUUCAUGGCUGUUUCCUGAGUGCUUCGAUUUUGUCCUGGCGCAGCAGAAGCCAUCCGGUGCCUGGGAGUCGUACGGAACGCCUUUCGACGGCAUCCUUAACACUUCAGCAGCUUUGUUAUGUUUGAAAAGGCAUUUGCGGACACGUCCGGACCAUGAAGACUGGAUACUAAGAAGCCGAAAGGGCGAAGAGGCCUUGAUACACAUGCUGAAGGAAUGGAACAUAAGCACAACCGACCAAGUCGGCUUUGAGGUCCUCCUGAUAUCACUGCUUAGUCUUCUGAAGCAAGAAGGUGUAAUCAUAGACUGUGUGCAGCUUCAGGCAUUGCAAGCAGUCCGCGAUGCAAAACUGACAGGGCUACCGCCCUCUACGCUAUAUGAAGCCGCUUCCACACUUCACCACUCUCUCGAGGCAUUCAUUGGCCAUAUUGACUUCGACCGUGUCGGUUCAUGGCUGGAUCCUAAUGGAUCGAUGAUGGGAUCGCCAGCAGCUACUGCGGCGUACCUUAUGCAUUCUUCAAAUUGGGACUGCAAGGCCGAAAUGUAUCUUAGGAACGUUCUGGAACGCGAUAAUCAGCACGAAGACGGAAGUGUACCCGCUGCCUGGCCAACGACAAUAUUCGAAGUUAGUUGGAUCAUUAGCACACUCGCUUCAGCCGAGAUUCUGGUGAAGGGCCCAGGAAUAUUGGCUUUCGGUGACCUGCUCAAAGGUCAACUGGAGAUGCAAAACGGGCUUCUUGGCUUCGCACCGCAUAUGUUCCCAGAUGUCGAUGACACAGCCAAGUCAUUGGAGGCUUUGCAUUACCUCGGUCAAGACUACAGUAUCGAGAGCCUUAUCCACACUUACGAGUCAAGUGAACACUUCGUCACCUACCCUGGAGAGCGCAAUCCCAGCCUCAGUGCGAACUGUAAUGUUCUUAUCGCUCUGUUACUUCGUGAGGACCGAGAGCAGCAUCUUUCGCAGAUAAGCAAGGCCGUCCAAUUCUUGACGAUCAAGGUGUUUCACGGACAGACCACCGAGAAAUGGCAUGUGAGCGAACUGUACUGGAUGAUGUCACUUGGCCGCGCAUUUGAGUUGUUGUUCAGAAAUCACGAAGUUGCUCUGAGUGUUCUGAACGCUGUCCCAAGUCUGCUGGAAAAGAUUCCGAUGUUGACAUCGUACGCAGUCUUGGCGAUGUCAGCGAUCGCAAAGCUGCCAUGGAUGCAGCAAAUUGACCACGGCAUUGUUGUCAACUCUAUUGCACGAGGAAAGUCAUUUUUGACUUCAAAAAUGUCCGAAUGGGGCAGAGGUCAUCAUCUAUGGACUGAGAAGGUGACCUUUGCUUCCGACGUGCUCAGCGAAGCGUUCUGCCUGGCCGCAUCCAAUACUGCCCUACCGAACAUCCCUCAGGGGUGCUCAGACAAGGCUUUUCUUAUGAACGAGAAGACACUGGCUGGAAUGAAGAAGGCCGGUGCCCUCAUGGCGCGAACGCCCUUGGUCCGUGAACUGUCUUCAGCCUCUCUCGCCAUCGCUGAACUAGAGGCUUGCUUUGCUAUGAGACUGCUGAAAAAUCAUCACCAUUCCAUGUUUCCACGGCCGCAAAGUGGUGACGACAAAUACAUAUUCAUCAUCCCGUUGGCUCUCAUUGUAUGUGCGGAGCUGCACGGCUGCACAGUGAGCCCAUCAGUCUUAUAUGAGAUGAUGGUAUUGUCCGUCUUGAACUUCCACGUGGAUCAAUACAUGGAAUCAGUUGUGGAGAAGCACUUUCAAGGAUCAUUGGGCUCCAUUAGGGGCAUAGUUCGUCAUGCCUUUGAGGACUUGCACUCUGGAGCCUGCGCCGUCGCGCCAGUUGAAAAUCAGGCCUACGAUGUGGACAUCAACAGGCAUGAGGCGCGCAACUGUGUUGAUAAACACCGUACCCCUCUCACAAUGAAGUCCGUCGACUCCUUGCUUCGUCAAUUCAUAACACACAUACUGCACCAUCCAGCGGUGCAAGCAAGCCCAAUCUUCCUUCGACAGAAGCUCGCGUCUGAUCUGCAGACUUUCCUGCUCGCACACAUCACGCAAGCGCAACACAACAACAGAUUCCGUGCACAACACAGAAGGGACGGGUUCCCCCUGAAUAUUGCCAAAACGAAUGGGCAGGGCACGAUAGAGCCUCAGAAUGCAAGGUCUCCUGUGAAAUACGUCGACCCGGGGUCCACACUCUACUCCUGGAUGCGAAUGUACCUCGCCGAGGACGUAUGCCGCCAUUUAGCCAGUCUAUGCCGCAUGUACAACGACCUCGGCUCAGCAGUACGCGAUGCAGAUGAGGGCUCAUUGAACUCUCUAAAUUUUCCCGAAUUCUUCUUCCGACAAGUAGCUCCCAAAGAGCGGAAGUCGAUUGCCCAGGAUGAUCUCUUGUGGAUCGCCGAGCAUGAGCGAAAGGGAUUGGAAAUGGCAAUGAAGCUUUUGGGACAGGAGCUUGGCGAUGGCUACUCCAUGAAAGCUUUGCGCAUCUUUGUUGAUGUGACAGAUCUAUACGCUACGAGCGCUCUCGGAGCUGUCUAUAGCGGCGGGUUUACAAGCCUGAAUCUUAUCCAUGAGGACUUUGGCCUACAGGGCCCUGUUAUCGAACUCCACAGCCUUCGCAUUGAUAUCCGAUUUGUUCAUUCACACAAUAUGACCCCGGAACUUAUCAAUAAUGUCAUAAUGCAGGGUCGGCGGCUAGCCUCACACAGCUGGGAGUACGGCACGCUCUCUGAAGCACUUCUCGAAUGGUACAACCCCGACUUGUCCGUGUUCGGCAAGGAUGCAUUCCCCAAAGGCGAAAUACCAGUUUUACAGAUCAGCGACGUGCAGUCACUCUCGUAUGCGAUGCCGCACAUCUGGACAAACUCCACCAUCCUGGUGGAUGGAGACGGUGCAGCCGGUGAUCCAGCCUCCCUCGGUGUCUCAGCCAUCUUGAUCGGCCAGACACAGCCGGAGUACCUCUCGGCGGCAGAGCGUCAAGUUGACCAUCUACUCAAUACCGUUCCACGCUGGGCCAACGGAGCCAUCAGCCACCGUGAGUCCAAUACGGAGCUCUGGGCUGAUUCUGUCUACAUGGUGCCCCCGGCGUUGGCAUACUGGGCCGUGCAGACGAACAAUGCCACCCUGCUGAACAUAGCCAUAGAGCAGUGCAAUCUGUAUGGUGAUGUCCUGGGCGUUCCUGCUAAUGAGUCCAGGACCUAUAGACCUUGGGGUGCAACCGGGCUCUGGCAACAUAUCGUCGGCCCGCCGGAUGGGAAUAAUGACCGUGGAAUAUGGAGCACCGGGAACGCGUGGGCAGCCGCAGGGAUGAGCCGUGUGUUAGCCACGACGCUGAAUGCGAAAUUGCAGCCUGAUAGCUGGCUACUUGACGUCCUGAAAGACCACAUCCAGACGAUUCUAGACGGUGCGAUAGCAUUGGACAAUGCUGAGCCGGAUGAGUCUCUUCUUCGCAACUAUCUCAACGACACCACCUGGUUUGCUGAAUUGUCGGGGACUGCGCUGCUGACAGCCACAGCGUACCGAAUGGCUCAGCUCGAGCCGGCCAGAUUUGGGCAGAAUUAUAUAACUUGGGCAGACACGAAGAAGGCGGCCGUGACUGAGAGGAUCGGGAGCGACGGAACACUGACUCCUGUGGUCAAUCCGCUGGAUUGGGGCGACAAGACGCCUGCGAAAGAGUCCCCCGAGGCACAGAGCUUUGCUAUUCUCAUGUUCUCGGCUUACCGUGACUUUCAGUACGUAUGA